AUGAGGUUGACAGUUGGAGCUCAAACAUCUAACGUUGAGUCUAUUGAGAAAUUUACAAGAUGGCUACUUGAUAUUGGUGAAGGAAACGUUGGUUCAGAAAAUGAUGGUGAAGCACUUAUAGAGAUACCGGAUGACUUAGCAAUCACUGAUUUGGACGAUCCAAUACAAAGUUUAAUCGACUUUGUGUAUCCUUCAAUUUUAGAAAAUUACAAAAAAUCUGGAUUCUUUUCUGAGAGAGCUAUUUUAGCACCAAAAAAUGAAGUUGUUCAUGAAAUUAAUGAUCGUUUACUUUCGUUAUUUCCGGUGAAGAAAAAGACCGGUUUACCUAAUCAUAAGUUGGUUCUUAAAGUUGGUGUUCCGGUAAUGCUUCUUCGAAACAUUGAUCAACAAAGUGGUCUAUGUAAUGGAACUAGACUUCAAAUAACCUUUCUCGGUAAACGAGUUAUUGAAGCUGAAGUAAUAUCAGGUGGGAAUAUUGGUACUAGAGUUUAUAUUCCUAGGAUUUCAAUGAUUCCUUCUGACAAGAAGAUACCGUUUCAGUUUCAAAGAAGGCAAUUUCCGUUAUCAGAUCCAGUUUUUAGUCAUGGCCAGUUGUACGUUGCUUUAUCGAGAGUGAAGACAAGAGAAGGUGUCAAAAUUUUAGCGUACGAUGCUGAUGGUAAACCUUCGAAGCAGACAUCAAAUGUUGUUUACAAGGAGAUAUUUGGUAACUUGUGA